AAACAGACUUUGAUUGGUAUAAAAGAAUUGCAUUUCGAUUCGGUUGGUAUCAGUUAGCCUUUGAUUGUACUCUUAACAACUACUCAAAAAACUCACAGGAGAUCCAAGAUGUUCAAGAUCAUCGUCCUGGUUGCCUGUUUGGCCGUCAUUGCCUCUGCCCAGUUUUAUGGAGGAGAUCACGGCCAUCAUGAGGAAGAUCACCACAGCCAUCCGAAAUACAAGUACGAGUACGGAGUCAAGGAUCAUCACACCAAGGAUCACAAGAGCCAGUGGGAAAGCCGAGAUGGAGAUCACACCAAGGGUCAAUACACCCUGGAUGAAGCUGAUGGAACCCACCGUGUUGUGGACUACACUUCCGACCACAAGGGAGGAUUUCAGCCCCAUGUCCAGCGCAAGGGUCAUGCCAAGCAUCCACAUCAUGGAGAGAGCUACGCCAACAUCCAUCAACACUAUUGAAGACCUAUUGCUCAACUAGAAACUUAAACGUUGACAGUUUGAUUA